AUGGAUACAUUAAAUACUAUUCUUAAGCUAAACAGACCUGCUUGUUAUAUGACCACAUUAGAUCUCAAAGAGGCUUAUUACACAGUACCAGCACAAAAAUACUUAAAAUUUGUUUUUGAUGAUGUUCUAUACAAGUACUUAGAUUUACCAAAUGGAUUAUGUUCUGGUCCAAGAAAAUUCACAAAAUUACUAAAUUAUAUUAUAGCAGAAUAUUUGGCCGACAUAUUUAACACACACAUGCCAUAUAAUAAAUGUCUUGAAGGAGUCAUUAAUUCCAGAACAAGUGAUAAAGAAAAGAAAGGAAAUAUUACCAAAAUAUGUACAGAAUUAAUUCGAUGUAAUUUUACAUCAAUACAAAAGGUUUCCUCUGUCAGUGGUGCCCUGGUCAGCUGCUUUCCAAGAGUAAAAUUUGGAAAACUGUUUUACAGAAAUCUGGAGCAUGAUAAGACAUCAGCUUUAAAGAACAAUUCAGGAAAAUUUGAUUUUAAAAUGCAAAUUGCAACAAGAUCAAAAAAGGAACUGCAGUGGUGGGUAGAUAAUAUAUUGACUAGUUUUAACACAAUAGGUUAUACAAACCCUGACUUAGUUAUUGAAACUGAUGCAUCAAAUACUGGAUGGGGUGCUGUGUCUGAAUCCAUCAAAAUAAAUGAAUUUUGGGACAAAAAUGAAAGAGAUUUACACACAAAUGCUCUUGAACUAAAGCAAUUUGACAACACUACAGCAGUUUUUUGCAUUAAAAAGAUGGGUACCUCUCAUUCAUUAAUUUGCAACGACAUAGUUUUCGAAAUCUGGACUCUGGCAAAAGUCUGGAUAAAUGGAUAUCUAUUUCAUAUUCCUGGAAAAGAAAAUAAUAUUGCAGACUCAGAUGCUUGGGGUGUUAAUGCAUUUUUAUUUGAUUGGAAAGAUUUUAAAUUCUAUGCAUUUCCACGAUUUUCACUGAUACCCAAAGUCUUGCAAAAAAUAUUUUUCGAAAAGGCUACUGGAGUAUUUGUUGUGCGAAACUGGCCAUAUCAGCGUUUGUAUUCUCAAUACCAAGAAAUACUAAUUGGAGACCCUAUCUUCAUUUCCCCUAGAAAACACCUGCUGAAUCUACCGUUACGUCUAGAAGUAACACAGCCAAUUGAUGAAAGCUUGACCCAAUUAAUUGGGAUAGUGUCUGGAAAGCUAAAAAUCACAAGGCAAUAUUCUGCACUUAAUACUGCAAGAUCAGCAUUAACAAUCAUAAUGGAGCCUCAAUAUGGAAUUAACUUUGGGAGGCAACCAAUUAUGAAACGUUAUAUGCAUGGAGAAUUUAAAUUGCGUCUGCCACGUUACUCCUUUACGUAUGAUAUAGAUAUUGUCUUAAAACAUCUCGAGUCACUUGGAGAUCCUGACAAGCUACCCUUGAAAAUUUUUAACAUACCGGACUUGUUCAUAAGAGAACUUUUGAAAACAUCUCGACCUGCACAUAAUGUUGCUCCUUUAGAAAUAUUAAAAUACGACCUAUCAAGAAAUAUAUGUUUAGUAGAAAAUUUAAAACAAUAUUUAAAAAUCACUUUUCCAUUGAGAGGCUUAUUUGUUAAAUUGUUUAGAAGCAUACAAGCACCACAUAAACCUGUGUGUACGUCAACCUUGUCUCGUUGGAAAAAACAUCUGGCAGCUGAGAAAUCUGUUAAUUCUGACGAUAGUCCAGGGGAUCGUUUCAUGUUCAGCAAAGAUAUCGAAAAGGUUUUUUCACAACAUGGACGAUCUUGUGGAAAACAAAAUGAUGCUCCAUCAGUUGGUUUGCCAUAA